CACACUCCUGUGCUUUCUGAUAAAGAGCUGGUGACCUUACAGAAACCUGAAGCAAAGCAAAGGAACUGCACUCUUCACACUACUUUAACUGUCAGUGAUCACAUCAGAUGCUGAAGGGAAAACAGAAGUUUGAAGUGGUCUUGGCAGGGAACUUAAGGAACUAGCUGAAGCAAUCUUGGAACCAUUAGCAAUUAUCUUCGAGAACUCAAGGAGGAUGGGCGAGGUCCCAGGGGACUGGAGAAGGGUAAGUAUAGUACCUAUCUUUAAAAAAGGGAACAAAGAGGACCUGUGGUAUUAUAGACCAGUCAGCCUAAGUUCAAUACCUGGAAAGAUACUGGAACAAAUUAUUACACAAUAAAUUUUUAAGCACCUAGAUGAUACCAGGGUUAUAAGGAAUAGCCAGCAUGGAUCUAUCAAGAAAAAACCAUACCAAAGCAAUCCAGAUUCCUUCUUUGACAGUAUUAUUGGCCUGGUGGAUGGGGGAAGAGAGGAGAGCAGUAGACCUGAUAUAUUUUGAUAUUAGUAAGGAAUUUGAAGAUCCCACAUGACAUUCUAAUAGUCAAUUUAGGGAAAUGUAGUCUAGAUGAAAUUACUAUAAAGUGGAUGCACAACUGAUUGAAAGGCCGUACUCAAAGUUAUCAAUGGUUUGCUGUCAAAUUUGGAGGGCAUAUCUAGUGAGGUCUGCAGGGGUCAGUCCUGGGUCUGGUACUAUUCAAUAUUUUCAUUAAUAAGUUGUUUAUGUUAUUUAAUGUUAUUUCAACUUGACUGGAGAGUAUGCUUGUAAAAUUUGCAGAUGACACCAUGCUGGGAGGGGUUGCAAGCACUUUGGAAGACAGGAUUAGAACUGAAAAUGAUCUUGACAAAUUAGAGAAUUGGUCUAAAAACAAUAUGAAAUUUAAUAAAUACAGGUGAAAAAUACUAUUCUUGAGAAGGAAAAAUUAAAUGUACAGCUACAAAAUAAGGAAUAAUUGGCUAAGUGAUAGUUAUGCUGAAAAGGAUCUGGGGGUUGUAGUGUAACACACAAAUGAGUUAAUGUGAUGCAGUUGCACAAAAGGCUAAUAUCAUUCUGGGGUACAUUAAUAGGAAUGAUGUAUUUAAGACAUGAGAGGUAACUGUCCCACUCUACUCAGCACUGUUGAGACUGCAGCUGGAGUACUGUGUCCAAUUCUGGGUGCCACACUUUGGGAAAGAUUUGAAUAAAUUUAAUCAGGAAAUACAAAGUAUGCUGGAAUGGAGAUAGUUAAAGAGUCAGACAGUCCUUGGGUCUCACUAGUUGUUAUGGUUCCUAAGAAGGAUAGGAAUAUAAGGUUGUGUGUUGAUUACAGAAAACUUAAUACUGUCACAGUACCUGAUGCAUAUCCGAUGCUCAGAACUGAUGGCAUGUUAGAUACUUUAGGCUAGGGGAAAUAUCUAAUUACUCUAAACCUCAUGAAGGGAUACUAGAAAAUCCUUUUAGACAGUACAGAAAAAUAAUCCACGUUCAUUACUGAUUUGGGAUUUUAUGAGUUGAAUGUGUUACCUUUUGAUUAAUGCAGGAGCCACCUUUCAAAGGCUCUUUAAUCAAGUGUUAAAAAGUUACAAGACUUUGCACAGGCUUAUAUUGACGACAUUGCAAUAUUUAGCAAUUCUUGGUCAGAUCAUAAAAAACACUUGGGAACAGUGCUGACAAGACUCAAAGAUGCGGGUCUCACUGGAAAAGUGUCAAAAGGUAAACCAGAAGGAGCCAAAAGGUCUUUUUUAGGUAGGUAGGUGGUGGCCAAAUUUCUCCUGAUCCCUUGAAAGUACAAAUCUAUUGUUAACUGGCCUUUCCCCCCAAACUAAAAAGCAAGCCAAAUCAUUCAUAGGCUUGGCUACCUAUUACCACUUAUUUGUACAUGGUUUCAGUGACAUCACACAAGUUGGUGUGUAUACUAUUCCCUGGGGGAUAGCAGACAUGGUAUUUCUGUGAGUGUUCAGUGGAGAAGAUACUUUGAAGCAGAGGAAUGCUUCAAAGGGACUCAGGGAUUGGGGUGCACCUAUUGUUAACCUGCAUGGCAAAGUUAGGGCUGACAGUACCCAGAAGAGAGUGCUUGGUAGGCUAACAGGCUAGUGGUGUCAGCGGUCUGACACCCAGUUAAACACAAACAAGUCUCUCACAUGCUGGAGGCAUUGGUAUAAUAAGGUGACUCUCAGUCCUAGGUACCCUGAGAACCAUCACAGUUGGGCAAGAAGUAAAGAGCUUAAUCUGCAGUAAGGGAGAUUUUAGGUUAGAUGUUAGAAAAAUCCUUUAUACUAUAAAGGAUAGUUACAUUCUGGAAUAGGCUUUCAGAGGAGGUUGUGGAAUCCCCAUAAUUGGAGGUUUUAAGAACCAAUUGCACAAACACUUUCAGGGAUGGUCUAGAUUUACUUGGUCCUGCCUCACUGCAGAGGGCUGGAAUUGAUGACCUCUCAAGGUCCCCUCCAGCACUAUGAUUUUAUGAAGGAAGAAGACUGUUAAGGUCUUCGAAAAACUCGGUAAGAUUCUGUCUGAAGAGGGAGAGUAAAAUGUGGCAACAAAUAGAUGUCACUCACAUGAGUCAAGAACAAAGAGUGAUUUUGUUAAUCUCUUUUGUAACUAAUUCUCCAUGGCAUUACAUCAAUACAAUACGACCAAUAUGAGACUGGCACAAUAUACAUGUCUAAAUAAUUUUCCAGAAUAAACUUAUUUGAAAAAAAUUACUUCUUAUUUAUAUGCUUAAAAGAGACAGGUUGCAGUAAACUUAAAGUUAUUCAGAAUGUCUUGGCUUUUUAAAAUAAGCUCAUUGUUUUGCACAAUAAGUUUAGCAAAUUUCAUAGGAAAUACACAUACAAGUACAUCCUACAUUGAUAAGCUCGGAUAAUAAGGUGAUGGGCAUGGUAUAAAAACCUAGAUAAACUGAUAGGAAGUUACUGCUUACUUCAGAAAGGAUUUAGAGUUGGCUUGAUUUAACUAUGGGUCACGAAGAAAAUACGUUCAUUAAUUUCAGCUCAUUGCAACAAAAUAUUUGUCAUUCCUUUCUCCUAGGGGGAAAAAAAAUAAGACUGCAGACUAGAUGGCAUGAUUAGUAGUUAGUAUUCAAAACCCUUUUACUGUUUAUAAUUGUGAUUUUAUUAAUCUUGUCCUUGUUUUCAUUUGUUUCUGAGAAACAUUCCAAAAAAAUGAAGGAAAGAAAAUUUUGGAGUCAUCAAAUGAAAUUAUUAUAGACUAAUAAUAUUAAAAGGACCCAAGAGUGCAUCCGAGAGUGCUGAAGGAAUUGGCUGCUGUGAUUGCAGAGCCCUUGGCCGUUAUCUUUGAAAACUCGUGGCGAACGGGGGAAGUCCCGGAUGACUGGAAAAAGGCUAAUGUAGUGCCAAUCUUUAAAAAAGGGAAGAAGGAGGAUCCUGGGAACUACAGGCCAGUCAGCCUCACCUCAGUCCCUGGAAAAAUCAUGGAGCAGGUCCUCAAAGAAUCAAUCCUGAAGCACUUACAUGAGAGGAAAGUGAUCAGGAACAGUCAGCAUGGAUUCACCAAGGGAAGGUCAUGCCUGACUAAUCUAAUCGCCUUCUAUGAUGAGAUUACUGGUUCUGUGGAUGAAGGGAAAGCAGUGGAUGUAUUGUUUCUUGACUUUAGCAAAGCUUUUGACACGGUCUCCCACAGUAUUCUUGUCAGCAAGUUAAGGAAGUAUGGGCUGGAUGAAUGCACUAUAAGCUUCAGGGUAUAGCUCCUUUCGUAAAAGCAUGGAGACUAUCGGCAAGAAGCAGUAUCAGGUUCAGCAUGGGUCAUGCAGCUAUACCUUUCUAUUGCCUGAGAUGGACAACUGCCGCUCUUCUUCUAGCUCUUAUGUGUCUAAUGCAGUGCAGAGGGAUGCACCACUAGAUUAUGAUGAUUCAGUACAAAGACUGCAACUACUUGAAAACCUCAUGGAAAACAACACUCAGUGGCUAAUGAAGCUUGAGAAUUAUAUCCAAGACAAUAUGAAGAAAGAAAUGGUAGAGAUCCAGCAAAAUGCAGUGCAGAAUCAGACUGCAGUAAUGAUUGAAAUAGGCACAAACCUACUGAAUCAAACAGCUGAACAGACCCGCAAGUUGACAGAUGUUGAAGCUCAAGUAUUAAAUCAGACAACGAGACUUGAACUUCAGCUUCUGGAACAUUCUCUUUCAACCAACAAAUUAGAAAGGCAGAUUUCAGAUCAAACCAAUGAAAUAACUAAGUUGCAAGAAAAAAACAGCUUUCUAGAAAAAAAAGUCCUUGAUAUGGAAGACAAGCACACAUUUCAGCUUCAGUCAAUCAAGGAUGAAAAAGAUCAACUUCAAGUACUAGUAUCCAGACAAAAUUCUAUAAUAGAAGAACUAGAGAAACAGUUAGUCACGGCUACGGUAAACAAUUCAGUUCUGCAAAAACAGCAACAUGAUCUGAUGGAGACUGUUCACAACUUGCUUACUAUGAUAGCUACACCAAACUCAGCCAAGAACAACUUUGUGGCUAAAGAAGAACAAAUCCGUUUCAAAGACUGUGCCGAAGCUUUCAAAUCAGGACUUUCAACCAGUGGAAUCUACACCUUAACAGUUCCUAAUAGUGCAGAAGAAAAAAAGACAUACUGUGAUAUGGAAAGCAGUGGAGGGGGGUGGACAGUUAUUCAGCAGCGUAAAGAUGGCAGUGUGGACUUCCACCGGACAUGGAAAGAGUACAAGAUGGGAUUUGGUGAUCCUGCUGGGGAGUACUGGCUGGGAAAUGAGUUAGUUUCUCAACUGACUAAUCAGAAACGCUAUGUUCUUAAAAUACACCUGAAAGACUGGGAAGGAAAUGAGGCAUAUUCAUUGUAUGAACAUUUCUAUCUAGCAAGUGAAGAACUAAAGUACAGGAUCCACCUUAAAGGACUUACUGGGACGGCGGGCAAAAUAAGUAGCAUCAGCCAACCAGGAAAUGAUUUUAGCACAAAGGAUGCAGACAAUGACAAAUGUAUUUGCAAAUGUUCACAAAUGCUAACAGGAGGCUGGUGGUUUGAUGCAUGUGGUCCCUCCAACUUGAAUGGAAUGUACUAUCCAUUGCGGCAGAACACCAACAAAUUUAAUGGUAUUAAGUGGUAUUACUGGAAAGGAUCAGGCUACUCUCUCAAAGCCACAAGUAUGAUGAUCCGACCAGCAGAUUUCUAAAUGCCCUUUGCAUUGUAUAUGAAUUGUGUAUUGUAUAGUCUUCAAAGACUACAUUUGCCAAACAUUUAAACUCACAGCUACAAUGUGUCAUUUUCCAGCCCAGAAAACAUGCACUAGUAUUCCGAAGGGAUCAAUUUGUUCCAAUUCUUGAAUUGUGAUAGUCUUCAUCAGUUCAAGCUCACAUUACUCAACUAGACACAGCAAAGUCUAAAACAUGAAAUAAUCUGUGUAACAAUGAUUUUGGCAGAAAGACUGAGUUAAAAGGCUGUCCAAGAAACUGUCAGACAAUUUAAGGACUUUGUUUUCUUGAUCGUUUAUGUUGUGUGUGUUAGUAAAUAACUGGAACUGUGAAAAAUAUCUAAAAACUUAGUUUUAGAAAUGCGCCUUUGUGCUCAUCACUGAACUUAAUAAAACAUUAAUAUAAAACUCUCCUAACUUGCAAUCUAAAUCUAGAACUAUUUUUCUAUCCCAUACCUUGUUUGUACAUAUAUAUACAUAAAACUAUAUAGUGCCUUGUAAUUAGUUCAUUGUCAUAAUUAAAGGAUACAUUCCUUUGCAAAGGUUUCUAAAUAACGUUUAGACUUAUUUGGGGCUUUUCUUGCAGUCUACAUCAGUUUAUUUAACACUCUUAGGAGAAAUAGCGUCUCCAUUUAAGUGCUUUGCAUUUAUUCUUAGAAAAUACUGUGUAUAAUUGAUCACUAUUUUAAGGGUUUUUUUAAACUAUCAGAUGAUGUACUUAUUGCCGUUGAUAUUUUAAAGUACAAACAAUCCUGCCAAUUAUAGUAUACUAUCGUGUGUUUUAUUACAUUUUCUAUGAAGAUUGCACUUUUUCCCCUUUCUAGUUGUUUAAUGUAUAACAACUGAGAAUUAAGUAUUACAUAAUGCUGUUGCCUCACUUAAACAUCAGACAACUGCUGUUCUCCAUGCAAUUAAAUAUCACCUGGUGAUGUUUGUUUAGACCCUUUGUGAAAAAUAAGCUAACUUUAAUAACUUCUUUAAAACCAAUCUGCUCUUUUAUGGAAAAAAGGUCAUGUUAUUUCUUAAGAUAAAUGUUAUUACAUUUUAGAAAGAGAAAGAAGAGAAACCUAAAAAUAUCCUAUGGUCAGACAGUUUUUCUGUGUGGGAAAUAGCUGCAUGAGGCUCAGACAAUUCUGAGUGUGGUGAUAAUCUAGGCCUCAACGUAGAUCUUUAAGUGAAUAAAUGGCUUUAUUUGGUGAUUUUUCCAAUGUUUAUUGUAACAAUAUGCUGAAAAAGUAUGUAUUAUAGUGUAUUGACAGAAAUGCUAAAAUUAAGGUUCAGAAGACACUUCUCUUCUAAACCCUUUCAAUGUUUUAUAGAAGUCAGACCAAAAAAAUAAACUUCUGGGUCGAAAUUUCUCAUGCUUGGUAUCAGCCCCAACACGACAAUUUUAGAAAUUUUUCAUUGACCGCUAUUGAACUUUGAGUUCCAAAAGUGAAACAAAAAAGCAUGUUUCCGGUACAGAAAAUUUUUCUAGAUUUUUCUGAGGCUCAGAUAACAAAACGUGUUAAAGUAUUUUUAUUUUUUCUAUAUGCACAUUACAUCAGUAAUUGUGACUGAUGUUGGGAAAUGAGUUAAGAAGAACCAUAUUGUUGUAAAUCAACUGCUCUCAAAAAGUUACCCAGUUACUUGCUUUCAGUGGCAAAAACAGACUGCUGUACUGGUAGCAAGUAAUGUAUCAGAAUUAGUCAAGGAGAAUAGAGGCAAAAUAUACAUUAUGAGACUUAUAAAAAUAAUACUUCAUAGUGUUUUAUAUGAACCCCAUGAAUUAAAAGUUAAUUGAGUUGCCCUAACAAUUAUAUUUUGCCUAUUAUGUAAAAUACUUAAGACCGUUAUUUAAAAAUGUAUUAUUACUUCUAUCAAGCUUAUAACAUUCUUCUUCAAACAUACUAAGUCAAAAGAUUACUUUGUAAAUCACUUCCAUAAAACAGCCGUCUCACAAUGGAAUGAUACUUUAUCCCCCAUUUUUAAUUCAAUAGAUCACCAAAAUACUCAUAAUACUUUUAUUCAUAUGAAGAAAUACAAAAGAUAUCCUCAACUUCUGAAAGAUUUAGGUCAUUACCCACAGCAACAAUCCAUUCUUUAAAAGUGCUCAUUAAGGAACCUCUUGGUAUCAGACAGCACAACAAUGGGUACAGUAUGAAUGACUGGUCAGUCAUUAAAUAAAAACCAUGCUUCCUUGUCCUCAACUAUAAUCUUCUGUUUGUCUAAGGAAAGUACAGGGACAAUAUCAGAUGAUGAAACUAAUGCUGAUUUAAGGUUUAAUUAUUUUUUCCUAUUAGGAAUUGAGUUGCUUGAGUCAGAUCUGUAAAAUAUGAAUUCUUGUUUCAUAAUAUUGUUAAAAAUUAUCUGUUGAGUUGCUCAAAAUUUUCAGCACACCUAACAAGCAGACAUUGCUGGUCUAGUUUGAUUUUCCAAUACUCUCAAUCAUUACCAGGGUAUUAACCUUGAUCAUUACCCCAACCAAAGUCUUAAAAUCAUCAUUCCGUAAUUACCAUCUCUAAUUUUAUUUGAAAACUCUGUAGUUUUUUGAAAUCAAACCUUAAUGUUUAGACAGGGCCAACCCACAAUAUUUUGGCACUUGAGGCAGGGAACUCAAAUGACACCCCCAUGCUCCCUUGCUUGGGACAAAACUUUGAAACUCUCAGUUCUGCCUUCUUC